UCGAGGAUUAUGGACGGAGGAGCGGCAGAGGCAGGGAAAAUCGGAAGCUCGUCAGUCUCAGCAAAUUCGCACCGAGAGAUUUCUCUGUGUCGAAUUGGAUUGUGAAUGGCAAUGAUUUCUGCUGGGCUUUCGGGCUCAUCCCUCUGCGGUUCGGCUCUUGCCCGAGCAGACUCUUCUUUCUCAGCUCCAGAGCGUCAGAAUGCAUGUGGCCAUGUCGUUGCCUGGUCCAGAGUUCGAGUAGGACGACAGUUCGAUGAGAGAUUGUCUCUGGCCCGUGUGGAGAAGAAGUUUCAUAGCUGUGGGAAUCCCGUUCGGGCCAAUGCCGCUGCAGCGUCGGAAGAGCAGACUGCUCGAGCUUCGACUGUGUUGCAGGAGGAGAUGCGUCCUCCCUUUAACGUUCUCAUCACUGGUUCCACGAAAGGUGUUGGGUACGCGCUUGCUAAAGUAUUCCUACAAGAAGGGGACAAUGUGAUUAUCUGCUCUCGUUCAGAGGAGCGUGUACAGAAUGUUUUGAAGGAGCUUACCGAAGAAUUUGGAGAAAGACGGGUUUGGGGUACUACUUGUGAUGUAAGUAGCGCCAAAAGCGUGGAAGCGUUGUCCAACUUCUGCAAAUCCGAGAUUGGCUACGUUGAUAUAUGGAUCAACAAUGCUGGGUCGAAUGCAUACUCGUAUAAACCGCUGGUAGAUACAGAAGACGCAGAUAUUGCGGAAAUUGUGGAGACCAAUACGCUAGGUGUCAUGCUUUGUUGCCGGCAGGCAAUUAGAACAAUGAGAGAGCAGCCCCGCGGAGGACACAUAUUUAACAUGGACGGUGCGGGUGCUGAUGGGAAUGCCACUCCCAGAUUCGCAGUGUAUGGAGCAACCAAACGCAGCCUAGCUCAGUUCACGAAAUCUUUGCAGGCAGAGUUGCGCAUGCAAGGGGUGAAGAACGUGGUUGUUCACAAUCUAUCGCCGGGCAUGGUGACUACGGACCUUCUUAUGUCGGGUGUUGAAACAGGGCAGGCAAAAUUCUUCGUCAAUAUUUUAGCUGAACCAGCAGAUAAGGUUGCAAGUUUCUUGGUACCUCGCAUCAGGGCAGUUGCAGAAAGCCAAAGCAAGACAAGCACGUACAUCCGCUUUUUGACAGGAUUUAAGGCCUACACUCAAAUUCUUGCGAGGUUAUUAUUCAAAGUUCGGAAAGAUCGAUACGUGGCUGAAGACUGAUGAAAAUUUUUCUCAUCCAAUCUAACAAUUUUGAGACAUCUAGGCUCGAAGGGACACAUCAGCUACGAAUUCAAUAAAAAGAGCUUUGCGUUUGUAUACAGCUUGGGAUCAUGUCAGUGUACACUAUUAGUCUGGAGCAGAUCUUACGAGUCCCAGACUCAUCCAAAAUGUUCGUUUCGUACCUUUUCGGUGACGAAAUCAUGAUGAAUUCAAUUUUUCUUUGAGAAGAAAUCUGAAAAUCAGUUGGUAUGGCCUUCAUGAAUUGGUUCGCUCCUUUGAUGGUUCUGGGAACAACAGUACUAAUGCUUGUGGUACACUGGAAGGGCGUUUACUCUUAUACAAAACGUAGAUCUACUCAUGUUGCAUUACACACGAUCGUCUUGAGCAUUGAAGGUGUUCUCUUAAGACCUCUGUUCAGCAAAGCAAGUUUUAGAGGAGACCGAUACUCCGGCGAAAGGGCCAACUACAAGAUUUUACCGGAACCUCGUACUCUUCGUA